AUUUGACGUGUUCUACUCCUAGAGCCACUGUCUGAAGCAAGGGUCUACUCGCGGUGUAGGAUAGCGUUUUCACCUUCACCAUAGUAUGCCAUCCGUCCGUCUGGUAUCAUCCAUCCACGACAGCCUUCAAGUACUCGAGCAUCUAGUCCAUCAUGUGAAGCAGCUCGAGAUAGCAUCCAUCUCGACCUUGGUCGUCACAGAAGUUAGAACACCACAGUCCCACAGCCGCCAACGACACCAUCCCUGCCGCCCACGGCAUCUCCAUUUUUACCCGGCUGCCCGCAUGAUGCACUCCUUCAGGGGAACCAACCAGCCAGGCCCCAGGGGUUCGUGGCUCGUCCGUCAACCAAUUUCCUCCUCUGACACCAUCCUCCAAGUCCAGUCGACCACGCAGAUCCCUCGCACCGCCGAUCACCAUGCUCUCCAGCCUCGGGACCAAAGUCGCCCUCAAAAAGGUCGGCCUCCCCUCCUCGACCUUUGACCUCUCCACAUGGUCUGCGCCGGCGACUGGCACGGCGCGUCGCGAACCAAACAAGCUGCGCAAGAGGCAGCCCACGCCCGAGGAGGAAGCGGAGAAUGGCUGGGCGUCCUGGAUGGGCUCGUGGAACGUGCAGAGUCUACCGCUGACCAUCAGUCCGUGGUUCGCGCCGCCCCCGCCACCAGUCCACGUCGCGCGCGUGCCCAAUGUCGGCGACAAGGCGCCCGUGGACAGUCAUGCGCGGCUGAAGCUCGGUGGGAAGAGGACGCUGGUCGUCUUCUUGCGCUGCGUGGGCUGUGCCUUCGCGCAAAAGACAUUUCUCGCCCUCCGAUCCAUCGCGAACCGCCACGUCGGCACGAUCCGCUGCGUCGCCGUGUCCCACUCGUCCCCGCACGCGACCAAGAAAUGGAUCGACAUGAUCGGCGGCGCCUGGGACGUCGAGGUCCUCAUCGACGAGCAGCGCAGCCUCUACGCGUCGUGGGGGCUGGGCCUCGGCAACUUUAUGUACCUCUUCCACCCGGCCGCGCAGGCGCAGGCUUGGAAGGAAAAGGGCUGGCUCGGCGACGAAGUGGCUGCGGCCGUCACACGGAUAGGCGCCGUGUCGGAGGACGACGAGGGGGGCGUCCUGGGCAACAAGUGGCAGGAGGCGGGCGCCUUUGCCGUCGACACCAAGGGCACAGUGGUCUGGGGAGGUAAAGCGACACGGUCGGACGAUAUGAUGAAUCUAGAUGAGGGGGCCAUGAUUCUAAUGCUAUGA